UUGUAUAUAUUUAUAUUGGAAAUAAAUACAUUUUAGGUUGUUACAAGAAGAUAUAUUUAAAUAUAUAGCCACACAUAAGAAGAACAAAGGGAGAGCUUAAGCACAUAUAAGGCGAGUUUUCUACAAGACUUUGACUGCAUUUUUGAUAUAAAAUAAACAACUUUUUCUUAAUGUAAUUUUAAUAUUAUCUUAUGUGCUCUCCACAACAAAACAUUAAAACUUAUUGCCAUUUUUAUUCACAUAUUGUUAACAGAAUCAUCAUCAAAGUCUUAAACACAUUUUGCAGCUAGUUUCUGAUAGUAUUGUAAGAACUAUUCUGCAUUUAUACUUAGCCUUACCAUAAAUUCUAUUUGACUCUGUGGCAUAUGUACAUUGAUUAAAUAACAUUUAUAUGCAGGCAGUAGAUGAGCUGUAAAAAUGCCAAAAACGAAGAAAAAAUCUAUUAAACAACAGCAGGCUGCAGACAAGUUGAGGAAACGUAAAAAGGUACAAUACCCACACCAGAGUGUUACUCUACAAGAGACUGGUAUUACCACAACAUGCAACAGCAAACUACCUGUAUCUCCAGAGCCCAGCACAUCACAACUGUCAUCUGAGAGCACUGACUUCUCUGCAGUUGUUGAAGUACAGAGAUUUGCCCCAGUUCUGUUCAGUCCAGAAGCAUUGACAAACUUGAUUGGUGACUCCAGUACUGAAAUUCCGGAUGAUAUUGUCUCUGCUUCAUUAAUCCUCAUGCAGAUGCAUGCAACCAGUGAUACAAACUGUUCUGUGGGUCAGUAUACACCAGCCGAAUUACAUCUUGCAGGCACUGGAGCUAUUGUUUUGCCACAACCACAUCUUGAUAAAGACAUCAUAAAUAUACAUCCAUUGACAAGACACUGGGUUUGCUCAUAUUACAAAACAAGUACUAAAGAACUCUUUGUUUUUGACUCUUUGCGAUCAGAUACACAUCUUCAAGAAGUGAUAGAUCAACUGAAAUAUAUAUUCACAGAGGAAAUUGUAAGCCACGUUAUAUAUGCAAGUGAAACCCCCAAAAGAAAAUCGAAACAAAAGUGUAGAGCAGAUCCUGUGAAACGUCAGAGACUCAUCUCAAUAGAUAGUGAAUCGGAAAUCUAG